CGACGCGACGUCGGCAGAGAAAAACGCUUGAGAAAAAAAAUCGGUGCCUUUUGUUGUAAACGACAGACUCGCGCAGUACCGCAGACGCCGAAACCGCCCGUCGAGCACCGCCGCCCACCAGCAGUCGUAGUAGCGUAACUCCAAACAACAACAGUAACCACCCCCGGAGCGGGAGUUGCCUGGUUUUCCGGAGUUUGGAGCGGCAAACCAAAGCGUCCGCGUCGCAACGCAUCGUAGCAUCUCGCGUCGCGUCUGUGGAAUCAAAAUUAACCGUUUUUCCAGUGUUUAGCGCGUAAAACUCUCCGAACACUCGCAUAUAUAACUAUAUAUAUAUAUAUUUUCUACUCACAUCGGAGACUUACUACGGCGCCUAAAGCAACUUGUUGGAGUUCGGACUUAAGACAUUACUUAAUUAUUUUGUUUUUUUUUUUUUUUUCGUUUUGUAUUCUAUAUAAAUUUAAUUGUUUGGUGGUCUUGAUACUGCCAUAUUUUUUUGUUUGGUUUUGUGUGUGUUAUUUUUCUGAGUGUAAUUAAAACACCAGACACGCGGCUAGCGUUACGCAGCCGGUAAAAUGUUUAGUCCCGAAUAUGAGAAACGCAUCCUGAAGCACUGCAGUCCCGUGGCCCGGAAUCUGUUUGAUAAUUUAGAAUCUUCCACCACGCCCACAUCCCUGGAUCGCUUUAUACCUUGCAGAGCGAACAACAACUGGCAGACGAACUUCGCCUCGAUCAACAAAUCCAAUGACAACUCACCGCAGACGAGCAAGAAGCAGCGGGACUGUGGGGAGACGGCACGCGAUAGUCUUGCCUACUCCUGCCUUCUCAAGAACGAGCUCCUCGGAACGGCCAUUGACGAUGUGAAGACCGCCGGCGAGGAGCGCAAUGAGAACGCCUACACACCGGCGGCCAAGCGGAGUCUCUUCAAGUAUCAGUCACCCACCAAACAGGAUUACAAUGGCGAGUGCCCCUACUCACUGUCCCCAGUCAGCGCCAAGAGCCAGAAGCUGCUACGUUCGCCCCGCAAGGCCACCAGAAAGAUCUCCCGAAUACCCUUCAAGGUCCUCGAUGCGCCCGAGCUGCAAGAUGACUUCUAUUUGAACCUGGUUGAUUGGUCCUCGCAGAAUGUAUUGGCCGUGGGUCUGGGUAGCUGUGUCUACCUUUGGAGUGCCUGCACCAGCCAGGUAACCCGCCUGUGUGAUCUCAGUCCGGAUGCAAACACGGUGACGUCGGUAUCGUGGAACGAGCGCGGCAAUACCGUGGCGGUGGGCACUCAUCACGGCUACGUGACCGUCUGGGAUGUGGCGGCCAACAAGCAGAUCAAUAAGCUAAAUGGCCAUUCGGCGCGUGUGGGUGCCCUGGCCUGGAAUAGUGACAUCCUGUCCAGUGGUUCGCGGGAUCGUUGGAUUAUACAGCGGGAUACAAGAACGCCGCAAUUGCAAUCGGAACGCCGCUUGGCUGGCCAUCGUCAGGAGGUUUGCGGCCUGAAAUGGUCGCCAGAUAAUCAAUAUUUGGCCAGCGGCGGCAACGACAAUCGUUUGUACGUAUGGAAUCAGCAUUCGGUGAAUCCGGUGCAAUCGUAUACAGAACAUAUGGCGGCGGUGAAGGCUAUUGCCUGGUCACCGCACCACCAUGGACUGUUGGCCAGCGGCGGCGGUACAGCGGAUCGAUGCAUCCGCUUCUGGAACACUCUAACCGGCCAGCCCAUGCAGUGCGUGGACACUGGAUCGCAGGUGUGCAAUCUGGCCUGGUCUAAGCACUCAUCGGAGCUGGUCUCCACGCACGGUUACUCGCAGAAUCAGAUUUUGGUAUGGAAGUACCCAUCGCUGACACAGGUGGCCAAGCUGACGGGCCAUUCGUACAGGGUCCUCUAUUUGGCUCUAAGUCCCGAUGGCGAGGCCAUUGUCACUGGCGCCGGGGAUGAGACAUUGCGCUUUUGGAAUGUGUUUAGCAAGGCGCGUAGCCAGAAGGAGAACAAAUCGGUGCUGAAUCUGUUUGCCAACAUCAGAUAGAAGAAGGACAAUAUAAUAGCAAGGACGCGAAGACUGAAGCGAGGCAAAAGGCAAAAAGGCCAAAGGCAACACACAACACAACCGCAACAGCAACCCAAUACACACACAUGCAAAUCGAAGCAAGCAACUAAAACCAAUCAGCAAACCAACUAAUCCCAACUAAUCAAGCUCUUUUAUCUAUGGUAAAACGAUCAUCCGCACGGCGCUCGUUUAGUACAUUUUGCAGGCAGUCGCAGCAGCAAUAGUUUAAACAAAUUUAAGUUAAGUCUAGCAGGUUAUGUAGUAACAUUUUAAAUAGGAAACCAGAGCAACAGCAGAACUGAAGGAAUGAAUCCGGAACUAAGUCUACAUUAAGCCUAAAUUCUAGCUUGUAAUAACUUUACACACACACACACACACACUCACUUAGUAGUGUUCAACUAAAUUGUAUUGUUUUAUAUAUACCUAUAUAUAUAUAUAUAUAUAUUAUACAUAAAUUUUUUUUGGUACACCUAAUUAGAGCUACUUUCACACAAAUAUCUCUAUUUUUUUUGCUUAGGACAUAGGAGAAAUUUGAAUUAUUCACUCACUCACUCACAUUCAUUCAUCCCAAAAGAUACACAAAAAAAUAUGUAUAUUUAAAUAAAUUUAUACAAGUUAAAAAAGGUGCCCACAAAAACGUUGUUUUAAUU